AACUGGGGACAGGGGUUGGCUCCCCAGGGACUAGGAUGGGGUGGGGGUGCGGGUGCGGUGUUGCUAAGAGACGCGCUUCUGUGACCCCAGCCUCACGAGGACGGCGCGGUGUCAUCGCCACUGACCUCAGGGCCAUGCCUCAAGGAAGUGGCUCGUGGGCCAGGAAGGGGAGGCCUGGUUUGGGGUCCAUCUUGAGACAUUUCUGAAACUUUUGGAUCCUUUAAAGUAAAUGGAAGAUGGUAGGAGCAAUUCCAGGGCGAGAGGUCGGUCUAAACUUAGCCCCCCUGUGCACAAACGAAGACCCUUAAGAGAGAGCCAGCUGCGUUAAUUCCGUCGAUCACGAAACUUGAGAAUGAGACGAAAGCCUUGCUCCCUAACAUUUCAUUUGAAGAGGAAUGAGCUAACAAGUAAACCAAUAAGUAUCAACAAGUGAGAAAUAUUCUCCAAAGACCGGGUAAAGUGAUAGAAGACGUGGGGGAGGGCUGUUCAGAGGAGGCCACCACUGGGGGGAACCCUAAAAGAAAGGAGAAGGAAAAGCAGGGAAUGAGCUGUUUAAGUGAAGAUGAGAGCCAGUGAGAUUGAAGCAGAAAGGGGCAAAAUGUUCUGUGAUGAAGCUGGAGAUGUGGGACCUGAUCAGAGCCUUUUUCCAAGGGCAGAGUUUGGCUGUUGUGUUACCAAAGGAUUUAAAGAAGGAUAGUGAGCUGACCUGAUGGAUAUUUUUUAAAAAUCACGCAUGCUGCUGGAUAGAGAAGGGGUAGUCAGACCUGAUAAGAGGCGGUUGCCAUACGCCAAGGGAGAGAUGACUGAUAGUGUUGAAAGUGUCGUCGCAGUGGAAAUGAAGAGAAUUUGAUUCAGAAUAUAUUUUGGAGGAUCAACUUGCAAGACUUGCUGAAGUAUUAGAUGUGAAGUGUGUGGGAGAGAGAUUUCCUAAGGGAAAACAAUUUGGAAAGGAAUAUCAGACCAUCAUUGCUUUUGGACUCGUGCACAGAUGACAACAGCAACACGACAAGAAGUUCUUAGCCUCUACCGAAGCAUUUUCAGGCUUGCGAGGAAAUGGCAGGCGGCAUCAGGGCAGAUGGAAGACACCAUGGAAGAAAAACAGUACAUACUAAACGAAGCUAGAACACUGUUUCGGAAAAACAAAAAUCUGACAGACACAGACCUGAUUAAACAGUGUAUAGAUGAGUGCACAGCCAGGAUUGAAAUUGGACUGCACUACCAGAUUCCUUACCCAAGGCCGAUUCAUCUACCUCCAAUGGGCCUCACCCCACUACGAGGUCGGGGACUUCGAACUCAGGAGAAACUGAGGAAACUUUCCAAACCAGUGUAUCUCAUGUCUCAUGAUGAAGUUUCCUAAUCCAGAAGCAAGUAUAUGAAAAUGAUGACCCAACUAGAUCUUGAAUGUAAGCCAGAUAAAAUAGCCCUUCUCCUUGAUUAGGGGCAGAAAUUCAAAUAUCUUCUUCAGACCCCCAGAAUUAUUCCUCACAAUGAUGAUGCGUGCCUCAACAUCCCCAGGGCUUGUCAGGGUCUUGUUGCUUGAGCAGAUGACAUUAACCCUAGAGGUCAUGGACCUUACAUCCUCACUGCAGUCACCUUUGGAAAUAAGACUGAGGGCUUGGAGGAAGGCUAAAGAUAAUAAAGCUGUUUAUGAGAACCCCAUUCACCACCCAUCAGCUGAUGCGAAGGAACAGGCUAGUUCCUGGAAGUUUUUGUGGCUACUCUGAAACAUGUACCAGACCCAGAAUAUUUUUGAGGGGUUUUUUUUUUCCUCCAAGUUACAUAUUUUCUUACAACUUGGGGUUGUUGUAUGUGUUUUUAUUUUUUGGGUGGUCUUUUGAUUCUUCCAAUUUCCAGAUAAAUUCCUUAAAAGCACAUCUUUAGAUUGAUCAUGGUUUUCCAUGGAAAUUUUUUUUUUUUUGGUACCGGGGACCAAACUCGGGUCCUUGCGCUUGCGCAGCAGGCGGCGAAACCACUGAGCUAAAUCCCCGGCCCUUCCAUGGAAAUUUUAUAAGACACCAAUUUCCCCCUCCCUAUACACAAAAGUGCAUGCCUUAGUAAAUGUGUUUAUUUCUCUUAAAGCCUGUGAUUACUUAAGAUGACUUAGGAUCUGAAAAAACUUCCUUGAAAUUCCUACUGCUUUCAUUGUAUUUUUCUUUAACAUAACUGAAAAAUACAAGGUCUGAGCUAGUUUUCAAAUUAUAUCUAAACAGAAAUGGAGCAAACAGAGAUGAGAAUCCUUGGCGAGUUAUUUGUAUGUCAGUGUUACUACGUCUUAACUUCAAAGAGAGCGGGUAUCACUAGUAAAGACAAAUCUCUACCAA